CCAAUCCUUGUCAUUUCCGUAAAAAUGGCGGCGGCCGUUGAAAAGCCAAAAAUAUUAAUUUUAGGAGGCACUGGCUUUAUAGGUCGCAACUUUGUAUUGUUCUUGGUGAAGAAUGAUCUCGCAAGUAAAAUUCGUGUUUCUGACAAAGUUCCACCUCCGAUGGCUUGGAUGAAUUCAGUUCAUAAGGAAGCCUUUGCUAACCCAGUAGUUGAAUUUAAACAUGCUAAUCUAAUCAAUCCUGUGUCGGUUAGCAAUGUGUUCACCCUGGAUGAGGGAAACUUUGACUUUGCCGUCAACUUGGCUGCUGAAACUAAAUAUGGGCAGUCUGAUAAGGUUUACAGUGAGGGCAUUGUAAGACUGAGCUUGAACUGUGCAAAGGAAGCUGAAAAGCGUAACAUCAAGUUCUACAUAGAAAUGUCUUCCGGACAAAUGGCCUCCAGUGAAAAGAAGGGUGUCACAGAGGACUGCAAACCAGACCCUUGGACAAAACUGGCGGAACACAAGCUGGCGGUGGAGCAGGAAUUACAGCAGCUCACGUCCUUGAAGUAUGCUGUGCUGCGUCCCGCCAUUGUGUAUGGGCCAGGGGAUAGCCAUGGACUGACCCCUAGAUUGAUGAUUGGUGCAAUAUACAAGUACAUCAAGCAGAAAAUGAAGAUGCUGUGGACCAAGCAGUUGCAUAUGAACACGGUGCACGUGGAGGACCUGUGUAGGGCAGUGUGGCACGUGCUACAGCAGCAGCAGAGCGGGAACGUGUACAAUGUGGUGGACAGGGGUGACACCACCCAAGGCCUGGUAAGUGAUCUGGUUGCGCAAGUGUUCGGGAUUAGUUACGAGUUCCUUGGUGCGGUGAAGUCAAACCUGGCCCGUGUCAACAUGGCCGCGGUCGUUGAGGACAUUAACGACAAGCACAUGACGCCCUGGGCCGAGGCAUGCACACUUGAAGGCAUAACAAAUACGCCCCUCAAUCCUUUUUUGGACCAGGAGUUGUUGUACAACAAACAUUUGUUCCUGGAUGGCAGUAAACUGGAGUCCACAGGCUUCACAUUUGAUCACCCUGAGCUGAAGGCUUCAUAUCUGCAACAGGUUUUGGACGACUACAUUAAAAUGAAAAUCUUCCCAGCAUGCCUGUUAUCAGGGGAGACAAGUCUGUCAGACCGACUUCCAGAAUUGGAUGUGGAAAACAGUGAGUUGCUCGCCAUGGAUGAUCUUCAGAUAAACGGGGACAAGUCUUGAUUCUGAUUGUUUGUAGUCGUUCAACUAGGAUAUCCAUUUGGCUGAAUUUUAAAACUACUUUUGUGUUAAUAAUUAUUAUUAACUCAGUCAUGUUUUCUUGUGUUCUGAUAAUUGGUUGUGUUGAAAUCUUUUAAAAAAACUAGUUCCACUUUGUUUUAACAUUAUUGGUAGAAAAAAAGACUGACAUUUUAUGAUAUCCAAAUGAUAGCCAAAAUUUGUAUUUAAGCCAAAGGUUUUUAAUUUUAUUGUUAUACAUUGUUCAAUAUUAAAAAGCCCAAUCAGUUUAAAUCAUGUUAUUCUUUGACAAGCUAUGUGCAAUAAUGUUAAUUAUUGUAAAAUGUGUAAGUAUUUGUAAAAAGCCAAAAUGAUUGUAGAUUCUUUUUUAUCUUUCUGAAUUUCAUGUUUACAAAGAUAAGUAUGAACAUUAGACAUCUGCAAUAUACAUGUUUCUCAUUCAGUGUUUAAGCAUCUUUGAUUUUAUUAAUUGAUCAAUAAUUCUUAAAAAAUACUUUGUCUCAUAUUUCAAUGGAUUUAAAUCGUAAGACCAUCAUUACUGGAUUAAGUGAACAAACUUAGGUCAUAAUUUGUAAUUAUACCAAGUUCACAGAAAAUGUCUGAAAAAAGAAUAAUUCAUAAUGGACACAAUCAGGAUGUAAGAAAUAUAAGAUUUACCAGAAAUAUAUAUUACAUAUAUUUGUAAUAACAACAACAACAUUUAUUGGAGCAAUACAGCCUACAAUCAGACUUAAAGCCUACAAUAGUGAAUAAAGAGGGCGUGAUAAAAAUUAAACACUUAAAGAACAUCUUAGAGUAAUAAAAUUUAUUAAGAUUAUGUUUUAUUUUGGUUUUGGAGGUUGUUUGUAGUGUUGUUGUACAUAUAUUGUUAAAUUGUUAACAUGUUGUACAUGUACUUUUAAAGUAUUGUUAAAUUGUUGCUCUAUACAUCUACUGUCUUAGUUUAUAGUUAAAUGUUGUGAUCAAUAUCUUUAAGUUUUGUUAUAUGUUAUUUUUCCAUAAAUUUAAGACAUGUGUAUUCAAACAUUUUAACUGGGGUGCUAUGAGUUUUGCUAUAUUUAUAUGCUCAAGCCAAACUAUUGCAUGAUUGGUUGUGGGGAUUUUUUUUAAAUUCGUUUUAACUUUUAGAAAAGAUGAUGGUCUUUUCAGAAGUUAAUCAACAUUCCAAAGAAUAGUUACCAUUCCAAAGCUAGAUGCUGUAUUUUAAGCAUUUUUUAUACGUAUGCUUUGUAUUGGUUUGUCGUAUUACAUAUCAUAUGUAAUAAAAUAUUUGUACAUAUUAAGAUGUGCAUUUCUGUGGAACUUAUUUGCUCAAAACAUUGAAAUUAUUAAUAUGCUUUGUAUCUUAGUUAGGAAAUACUUUGUAUUGCAUUUUAUGCCUUGAUCCAGCUGUUAAAUAUCUUAGUAGGGUGAUGUAGUCAAUACUAUGUCUUGCAUCGUAUGCUCUGACACAGCUGUUCAAACAUUUGAGCCGCGUUCUUAGAAAACUGGGCUUAAUGUAUGUGUGUAAAGUGUCGUCCCAGAUUAGCCCUUGCAGUCCACACAGGCUAAUCAGGGACAACACUUUACGCUUUUAUGACAUUUUUCGUUCAAAUGAAGUUUCUUCUUAGCAAAAAAUUAAAUUUAAACGGAAAGUGUCAUCCCUGAUUAGCCUGUGCAGACUGUACAGGCUUAUCUGGGACGACACUUUACACACAUGCAUAAUGCCAAGUUUUCUCAGAACAUGACUCAUUUAAUCGUGAUUCAAAUUAGCCAUGUUAAAAUUCGGGAAACAUUUCAUUUUCAUUAAUAAAUUUUUACAAUCAAGGCUGCAAUUUUGAUAAAUCUAUAAUCAGUUCUUAUUUGGAUAUUGAUAAAUUGACCAAAGAUCAUGAACUCUUUGCAUAUUAAAACACUAAGCGCUGUCUGCUAUGUAAUAACUGAUAUAAUAAUAUUCUAAAGGUUUAUUAUUCAUCAUCACUAUGAAAACUUUCAAAGUGGAUAUUUUUUGUCAACCGGUGCCAUAGUAAAGUUUUGCAUAUAGUUUAAUAUAAUGUAGAAUUUAGAUUCCUCUAUUUAGUUAAGAUCAUGUCCAUCCUUACAGUUGUGUUGGUGUUCAUAUGAAUAAUUUGAUAAUGUGCAACUUUUAUUUCUUAAUUUCUACCAGGUUUAAGUUUAAAACAAAACUAAAAAUCCCGAUUAUAAGAUUCAGGGUCGACAGGUGUAGAUGGUGAAGAAACUUUUAGAUAUAACAAGCUUGAAUGGAGACAGGCAAAUGAUUUCCUCUUAAUAUCUUGAGUAAGGAGGGAGGUACUGCACUUAAAUUGUGUGUGUAGGUAGCAGCCAUGGAAACAGCUUUUGAGCAAUUAAGGUCAAGGUCACUGUUACUUAAACAAGAAAAACGGUUUAAUCUGUCGGAAAUGCAUAUCAUUACAUUUGAAUGUAGUGAUGAACAAUUUUUACUGAAAAAUAGGCAAAAGAGAUUAAAUGGUAUCUUUUUUUUUUACAGAAUUUGAAUGUUGAGCUUGGUUCUAAAAAAUUAUACUAUAUCAUCUCCAACUAUCUGUUUAAUUAUGGAUAAGUUAUGCCAGACCUUAAAUAUUGCAGUAAGUAAAGAUUGUGAAACAGAAUAAGCAGGGGUUGUCAGCCAUCAAGGAACAGCAGUCAGUCAAUAGCAAGUCUUCAGUCACUCCUGUCCUUAUCAUUAUAUUGAUUUCAAAUUGUUUAUAGUUACUAGUUCUGUGAUUGGUGUUCAGAAUAUUGAAUUUAAUGCUCAAUUUAUUUGUAUGCCUCUGAAGGAGGGCAUAUUGUAAUCGGACCGUCCGUCUGUCUGUCUGUCUUUCCGUCACACUUUGCCUUUAGGUUUUGAAAAUUGCUCAUAACUUCUAUGUCGCUUCAGAUAGCAACUUGAUAUUUGGCAUGCGUGUGUAUCUCUUGGAGCUGCACAUUUUGAGUGGUGAAAGGUCAAGGUCAUCCUUUAAGGUAAAAGGUCAAAAAACAAAUCCAAGGGAAGUAAUAAGCUUCAAAGGGAGAUAAUUUUCUGAACCUUUCAUUUUUUUAAUCAAAGCGGCACAGAAGGGGGCAUUAUGUUUCUGACAAACACAUCUCUUGUUUAAGCUGUCUUGGGUACUUCCCUGUGAAUGCUCAAACAAAGUUGAGCUCUGUAGGCCAUCAUGGUCGUGUUCCUUUGUAAGUUUGGUCAAUUAGGUUUAGCCCAGUGAAUGUUGAUAAAUGAGUUGUGAUGUAUGUUACAUUCCAUGUUGAUCUUGAUAUUGUUAUUGACAAUAUAUGUUGUACAGAAA